AUAAAGUGGUAGACCUCUCCGCAAGCGGGCUCGCGCAACAGGGGCUCCGUCUUUGUUGACCAGUGCUGCUCGCGGCGGCUGCUAUCCCCCUCCCUCGCAUGCUAGGAAGACGGGUUUGAUCUGCAGCGCGGAGCCUCGGACGCUGCAGCAACUAUGGCAACAGCACCUGGCCCUGCCUCUCUGCUUUCAGAGGCCACGCGAGUCAGGCUGCUGGAUGAGAUGUUGGGCUCGGUGCGUGACCAGUCGGGGGGCGCAUGGUCGGUGCUGGUGCUGGACGCUGUCACCACCAAGGUGCUGUCCAGCGUGUGCAAAAUCUCCGACAUCAUGGACUUUGGCGUCUCUUUGGUGGAGGACAUCACAAAGCGGCGGGAGCCGCUGCCGCAGCUGGUGGGCAUCUACUUCAUCGCCCCCACCGACGACAACAUCAAGCAGCUGACCCGAGACUUCAGCCUGGCCCAGGCACCCCAGUACAAGACCGUCCACAUCUUCUUCUCCUCCAAGCCCGCCCCGCAGCAUCUAGCCGCCAUCCGUGAGGCGCCGCACCUGGUCAGCCGGCUGCGGACGCUUAAAGAGGUGGGGUUGGAGUACCUGCUGGUUGACAGUCGCACCUUUGUGACCAAUGAGGAGGGGGCGCUGCGCACCUUCUUCGGUGCCACUGUAGACUCUUCCACCAGCUACCGCGUGGAGAUCGAGGUGCUGACGGCGCGGCUGGCCACAGUGUUUGCCACUCUGCGCGAAAUGCCCGCCAUCCGCUUCCGAGCCGCGGCACCCCCCGGCGAGGAGUUCCCCCCGGGGCUUGAGUCCCGCCUGCUGGUGGCCCAGCGCAUCGCAGUGGAGCUGCACGAGCGGCUGGCAGCGCUGCAGCGCUCGGGGCAGCUGCCGGAGCGGGAGACGUGUGAGCUGAUCCUGACUGACCGCGGGUUUGACCCCGUGGCGCCGGUGAUCCACGAGUGGACCUACGAGGCUAUGACAUACGACCUGCUUGGCGACUCCGCCUCCCUCAAGGACAACGUGUUUGUCUAUGACGCCGAGACGCAGGGGGGCAAGGUGGACAAGAAGGAGCACAUCUUGGAUGAGCGGGACUCGCUGUUUGUGGACCUGCGACAUAAGCACUUUGCCGCCGCCUCUCUGAAGAUCAGCGGCCUGCUGGAUGAGUUCCGGGCGCGCAAUGCCAAGGUGUCUGGGGGCAAGAGCGGGCGCGGAAUGGGGGACCUGGAGCUGCGCAACAUGAGCAAGCUCAUCCAGAGCCUGCCGCAGUACAGGGAUCAGCUGUCCAAGCUGGCGGCGCACGUGGAGGUUGCCAGCAAGAUUAACACCUCAAUUGAUGCCGGCUCUCUCACCGAUCUGGGCAAGCUGGAGCAGGAUCUGGUGUAUGGUGACGCUACCAGCAAGGAGGUCAUCGCCUUCCUCACCGCACACCAGGGCAUCCCCGCAGCAGAUAAGGUGCGCCUGCUGAUGUGCUACAGUGCCACGCACCUGGAGAAGCUGGACCCCACCCGUGAGGCGCAGUGGCAGAAGGUGGCGCGGCUAGCCCCUGAGGACAUGGCCAUGGUCACAAACCUGGAGUACCUGGGGGUGCCAGUGCGCAAGCGCAACAAGGGGGGCGGCAUCAGCUUUGGUCGCAAGCGACGGCGUGCCGUGCGCAAGGAUCGCGAGCCUGACGAGGAUGACGCAGAGUUUGCGCUCACACGCUUCGUGCCCAUGCUGCAGGAGGUGCUGGAGGAUGCAGCUGCCGGCAAGCUGUCAAACGACGAGUACCCGUUUGUGUCGGCGCCCCCGUCGCCCUCCAGCGCCCGCGCGGGCACCAGCCUGCCCAGCAGCACCGACACCACACCCAAGGCGGGGGUCAGCGUGCGCAGUGUGCGGACCACGGGCGCCUGGGCCAAGAAGAGCGGCGGCGGCACGCCCGACAAGCCAGAGUCGGCCAGGGGCCGCCGCCUGUUUGUGUUUAUCGUGGGCGGCGUGACCUACAGCGAGAUGCGUUGCGCUCAUCGCCUCAGCGGGCGCCUGGGCCGCGAUGUGUUCCUGGGCGGCACGAGCGUGGAGACGCCGGCCCGCUUCCUGCGCCAUGUGGUUGACCUGUCCAGGCCAGACCACACGGCACUGGAAAUCGACGGCGGUGGCGGCGGCGGCGGCUUCUUCCGCUUCUCGUAGAUUAGCUUGCUGCGGUAGCAGUCACGUGCCCCAAUCUUUCAGAGCUGCCCCAUGUCACUCACUUUGCCGGUGUUUGGCUUCUCGCAAGGUUGCCCUGCUCCAUUUCCAUGCUUUCCCGCUGCACCUAAACAACCCACUGUCUGCAAAGCUUCCCGUGUUUAAAGAAGCAAAUCAC